AUGAUAGACCGGUUUCAUUCUAGUACUCACCCCUUCAUUGUGGACAUUGUUGAUGUUGUGGUUGAUGGUCACUGUGGGUAUAGAUGCAUUGCUGCGUUGUUGGGACUCGGAGAAGAUUCAUGGCCCGUUAUUAGGAAUGAGUUGUACAAAGAACUUAGUGCAUGGCGUGAUGAAUAUGAAAGCCUAGUAGGAGGCUAUGAUAGACUAGAAGAACUGAGGAACUCUUUGUUGGUGCAAUCACUGUCGGCGGCUAACAUGAACAAGUGGAUGACAUUACCAGACAUUGGUUAUGCAAUUGCUAACCGAUAUAACGUUAUCUUAGUGUGUUUGUCAUACUCUCAAAAUUAUAUUAUCUUCCCACUACGUUCCACACCACCUUCUGAUAUAACUCAACAUCGCUUAAUUUGUAUAGAACAUGUUCAUGGAUGUCAUUUUGUGCAGGUUAAGCUACAAGAAGGUUGUCUGUUGCCCACGGUGAAUAUCAUGUCCUCAACCCACUGA